AGAGCAUCUGCUGCUGGUUCACAGGAGGAGAGCUUUCAGCAGACAGGAGACACCACCUGAGCUCAGGAAGGGAGCCUAUUUCUGCUCCCGCCCAUCACCAUGGCAGGCCACUGGGUGCUGCUCCCCUUCAUCCUGGGACUUCUUGGCGGGACCCAGGGGCAAACCUUCCAUGUGGGGAGCUGCCCAGACCCUCCAGUCCAGGAGGGCUUUGACGUCAACAAGUAUCAGGGGAUAUGGUAUGAGAUCGAGAAGCUGCCAUCCAAUUUUGAGAAAGGGAAAUGUAUCCAGGCAAACUAUGAGCUCAAGGAAAAUGGGAAAGUGAGAGUGGUGAACAAAGAACUCCUCUCUGACGGCUCCAUCAACCAGAUUGAAGGGGAAGCCUUCCAAAGAGACCACCAUGAACCUGCGAAGCUGCAGGUCAAGUUUAACUGGUUCAUGCCAGCAGCACCCUACUGGGUCGUCUCCACAGACUACGAGAACUACACGCUGAUCUACUCCUGCACGAAUUUCCUCUGGCUCUUCCAUGUGGAUUACGCCUGGAUCAUGUCCAGAACACGCCAACUGCCCCCAGAGACUGUGGAGCACCUCAAGAGCACCCUGAGGUCCUACAAGAUCGACACGGCUCGCAUGAUGCCCACCGACCAGGAGAACUGCCCUCCAGACAUGUAGCCUGCAGAGGCCCCAACCAGCCCUGGACUCUGCCUGCUCCUCGCUAGCUGCUGCUUUGUCUCGACCAGCACAGCCUUUGGGCUGGUGUACUUUGCCAGCUCUCAGGCUGCCGGGACAGGUGGGAAAGCCCUGUGCCUGCUGCCUUGUAGCACCCACCUGUCCUGGGGAGGACCUUGUUGUAGUGUCCUGCUGCCCCCUUCCACACUGCUGUUUCUGGGUUAAAAUCUGUCUCAAGAGUGAAGCAAGGAUCUCUGAGGAGGCUGCCACCUGACUGCAGCUGCCAGUUGCUUCCUGGAGGGUUGGGAACUUGGGACUACAUUCCAAACUCUCUUGUGAGGAAACUCCAGUUUUUCUGCUUAGAAUAAACUUGGCUAAUCAAGCAG